AACAAAGAUUCUACUCUAGUCAUUGAACCAGACUCACCACCAAACAGCAUAGUUAUUCAUGGAAACAAAGUACCUUAUCUUGAAGUACGCACCUACCCUGGAUAUCACUUGAAGUUUGAUGUGACCAAUUCAUCACAAGUUUUACCUCGGUUUACAGUCACCCCUGGCCUUGUUCCAUAUAGCAACGCAUUCUAUCCAAUCAGUUUUGAUCAACCAAACAUCACAUUUACUAACAACAUGUCCUCCUUUGAACUUGGGACACAGUUUGCAGUCCUACAUCCAAGCCACGGGAAUUUCUUUGGAGAUAAUUAUACUUUUGCUGUGGUUGAAAUAUCUGCUGUUCUUACAGGAGAUUCAUUGAUAUGUUCACAUUUCCCCCUGGUUGUCCCAAGUGACGAGCUGUGCGAUGGCAAAUAUUUUUGUGCAUCUUAUGAUGAUGAAACUCACAGCACCUGUGAACCCAGUCACGUUCAGUACCUGCAAGAGGAAGAGAACAUAACAGUAACAUCUCCAGCCUACCCAGAAAACUUUGAGGAUUCAUUGUUCUUCACAUACGUCCUUCAGACCAAUGCAUCUGGCUUCCGAAUUGUACUCCAGGACAUAUCUCUUGGGUAUGGAGACAUCCUUAGUUUUGGUCGUGGUGCUGAUCCAUUUUUCAACACACCACCAACGUUCAGCUUUGCUUACUAUAACUACAGUGUUGAUGGGAGUUACGUCAUUGCAUCCUCAUCAAUGUGGAUAAGGCUGAUUUCUUCAAGUGAUGCGGACCCCUAUGGUUACUAUGAUUACUUCACAGAAAGGGUGUUUGGUGUGCUCAUUCAGAGCAUUAAUACAUCUGACCUUUUUUUUUGUUCUGAUGGCACAUUUUUCAAUUCUUCCGCUCGUUGUGAUGGUGUUGUUCAUUGUAGAGAUGGAGCUGAUGAACAUGGGUGUGAAUACCUGAUCAGUGUUGGAGAAACCUUCUACUUGUCAUUCUAUUCAUACUAUGGAUACAAUACUAACAGGUUAUGGUUAUUUAAAAUCGAUUCUCCAAGCAGUGCACCCAGCCUCGCCUUCUUUGUGUACAUUCAUGAUGUUUAUAUACCAUAUGGUGGCAUACUUCGCAUUGGCUCUGGGCUUGUCCCCAGGAAUGACACAGAAAUCAACUUCUCUAGUGGUUAUUAUUAUGUUGGGUCAAGAAGGCUCAUCCAGUCAUCAGAGAUGCAUGUAGAGCUCAUGAGACCUUACUAUUACUAUUCUUAUUUCUACAUGGAGAUUACACCCCGUUCAACAGAAGGUCUCUUUAUAUGUAAUGACGAAUCCUACGCUGUCAACAAGUCUUCUUUGUGUGAUGCCAACGUAGACUGUCCAGAUUCUAGUGAUGAAAACAGCUGUGUCCACACCUUAAAUCUUACAGACACAAUAGAGUUUUACAGUCCUGGUUACCCUUAUUACUAUGGAAGUGACAAAUAUGCUUUGUGGCUCUUUAAUACAAGUGGUACUGCCCCCGCCAACUCCAUGGCAGUAGCAUUCAACAUCACCCUUAACAUCGUGUAUCUUUACUAUGGUGAUACCAUACGGAUAGGACCUGGUCUUGUACCCAGCAAUGAUUCUGCAUUCUACCGUGGACGCCUCAUAAACUAUGUAACACAGCACAUGUUAGCUGCAUCAGAGAUGUUCAUUGAAUUCACCUCAACACCAUACUCCGAAUAUGGGACCUUCAAAAUAGAUAUAUCAGUGGUCUAUCUUUCAGAUCCCUUCUCAUGCAAGAAAGACCCCUGGUCAGUUGAUGGAUCUGCAAAAUGUGACGUAAUACCGGAUUGUGAAGAUGGUAGCGAUGAAGAAUCAUGUGUUCAUGUGAUGAAUAGUGGCCAGCAUCUGGACGUUCUUUCACCAAAUUACCCACAUGAAUACUCAACCAACACUAUUAUCUUAUGGCGCUUUGAGGCAAAUUCAUCAGUAGAAGGCAACUACACUUUUGUUGUGAGGAUCCAUGAGUUAUACCUUGACAGCUAUGAUACUUUGAGGAUAGGACUUGGUGCUGAUCCAAAUGGAACUGCUGUUGCUAAUUUCUAUGGCUAUGAACACCGGUAUGAUGAUAGCAUUACCAUUGAAGGAGACCAGCUCUUUAUUCAAUUUACAUCUGAUGACUACAAUGACUAUUAUGUUUCAGGAUAUUUUAAAAUAGAGGUUGGACUCUAUCGAGGAGAAGACAUCUUUGAUUGCGAUGAUGGUGAGAAGAUUUUGCAUCAAAAUGAUCUAUGUGACUUGAUUCCUAGUUGUGUAGAUGGAAGUGAUGAGUAUGAUUGUGAAUAUAUCUUGGAUGUGGAUUCGCAUGUUCAGCUUUCAACUUUCAACUAUCCGUUCUGGUACUAUCAACCAAAUUCCUACGUGCUGUGGACUUUCCAAGCAGACGUAGACUCGGGUGACAUUGUUUCUGAGUUAUCCUUCGGAACGGUCCACCUUGGUAAUUAUGGAGACACUCUGAAAAUUGGACGUGACUGGGACUCUACAAAUUCUUCAGGGCAUGUGAUAACCUCUUUUUACGGUUAUUCCUACAUUCUUCCAGAAAACCUCUACAUCACAGCUAAUAACUUCUUUGUUGAGUUCAAAUCAGACUCAUUCUAUGAAGGAUAUGGAUUUCUUAUUAACAUCACAGUUUUCAAUGCAUCAGGUUAUUUCUUCUGCGAUGGGAGUGCGUGGCACAACCGUUCAGUGCAAUGCGACUUAAAUGUCGACUGUGAUGAUGGGACGGAUGAAAAUGGAUGCGAUAUUGAAUUAGCAGUUGGUGAAUCAGUGAAUAUGACAUCAGACUAUCACUCAAUAUCAGACUAUCACUCAAAAGGUGGCUAUGUGCUAUGGAAGCUCAGUACAUCAAACCAGGCUUUUCUGAUCGAACCAUCAUAUCAUUAUCUAACGUAUGGCUCGUACCUCACCUUUGGUUAUGGACAUGACCCAAACAUCAAUGGCACCAGGACAUGGACUAUAUACUCCUAUGAUGAGUCCUAUUAUACCAUCUUUCCAGAGUCAGCUCAGUUCCACAUGAUGAACAAUUCACAAAUGUUUAUUGAAUAUGUGUACUCGUAUUACAGUUACAGCGACUUCAGUUUCCAAAUCACUUCUGUAGAUGGUGGAGACUUUGAAUACUGUGACAUUGAACCAAGUACUGAAGCUGUCAAAACAGAAUCCCUGUGCAAUGGAAUAAUAGAGUGCAAGAAUGGCAAUGAUGAGUAUAUGUGUGAUCCAUUUGAAGUAUCCCCAGGAGAUGUCUUGACUCUUCAGUCAUACGGAAAAGUAUAUUACUCCGGAUAUCAGGCAACAUCUGUAACUUGGUCCCUGAUUGCCCCUGAUGAUACCUAUCUUGUGCUCCAUUUCACAAUCCUUGCCAUUGCUCAAAAUGACACGUUGUGUGUAGGACAAGGAAAUGAUGCUCUAAAUGAUUCAUCCGUCAUUAGCUGCAUUUCAGUAUUCAAUAGUCUGGGCUAUUGGUAUUACUGGGAAGAUGAAGCUAACGAUGUCUACGCCAGCGUUGUGACUGGUCCCACCUCAAGCAGUCUUUGGGUAUGGUUUAACUCAACAUCUGAUUAUGAACGAAGUGCAUUCCAAAUCCUUGCUUCAGCAGUAUCAGAAGUAGAUGACUACAUACCGUGCGGUGAUAGCACUCACUUGUUCUACCAUGUGAACCAAUCAUGUGAUGGAGCAGCUGUCUGUCCGGAACGUGAAGAUGAAACUGUUUGUCCUCCACGGCAGAUAAACUUCUCUGCUGAUUCCGAAAACAGUCCUGUUACAGUUGGUAUUAUGUUAUACUCUGAGAUCAGACCAAACCUUCAUAUCAUAUGGACAGUUCAUGCAGAAUCUGGAGUGCUGGCUUUUAUCCUCAGGGAUUAUAACGUGAAUGAUUACACUGGAGAAGAUGUUCUUCAAAUAGGAGAAGGCCUGCUAUCUGGAGGAAGAGUUCUCUUCAAUGCAACAGAUGACUACAACUAUUAUUACAAAUAUUACAGAUAUGUUGAGACAACAACAACUGAUGGCUGGAUUCUCUUUAAAACAGGGUCUCUUAUUGGAUCUUACUUCUCACUGAUCGUCCGAAAUGGGAAUAUCACUGGUGAUUUCUGUGACUUUGAACUUGGUACUUUCUGUUCCUGGAAACCAACAAAUGAUUCAACAAGUUAUUACAAAGGACCCUGGGCUGUUACCUCAGGCAACGAAUCUUACUCUCAGUAUCAGGAACUUGACCAUACUCAUAAUUCGACAGAUGGUCUCUACUUAUUGAUGUCGCCCUCCUAUUACUACUACGAAGACUACACUUUGGAAAUGGAAGUAUUGAGGUCUGAUCCCCUUGCUGAUCAAUGUCUAUCAUUUUGGUACAUCAUUACCGGGAGACUUCAUCUCAGAAUCUCUUACAAAACUAAUGGAUCAGAGGCUGAUUAUUUCUUGCUUUGGAUGAACCAAAGUCCGGAAGAACACGAUUGGGCAUAUGCUGAAGUCAACCUGUUUGGCCUCCCAUCUGGAACUGCUAUUCUUGAAGGGAUCUCUGAUGACUAUUAUUACUACUACAGCUACGAAUUCAUUGCUAUAGAUGAUAUAGGAAUUGUGUCUUGUAGCACUGAUUCUGCUCUAGUCAUUGAACCAGGCUCGCCACCAAACAGCAUAGUUAUUCAUGGAAACAAAGUACCUUAUCUUGAAGUACGCACCUACCCUGGAUAUCACUUGAAGUUUGAGGUCACCAAUUCAUCAGAAGCUUUACCUCGGUUUACAGUCACCCCUGGCCUUGUUCCAUAUAGCAACGCAUUCUAUCCAAUCAGUUUUGAUCAACCAAGCACCACAUUUACUAUCAACAUGUCCUCCUUUGAACUUGGGACACAGUUUGCAGUCCUACAUCCAAGCCAGGGGAAUUUCUUUGGAGAUAAUUAUACUUUUGCUGUGGUUGAAAUAUCUGCUGUUCUAACAGGAGAUUCAUUGAUAUGUUCACAUUUCCCCCUGGUUGUCCCAAGUGACGAGCUGUGCGAUGGCAAAUAUUUUUGUGCAUCUUAUGAUGAUGAAACUCACAGCACCUGCCAACCCAGUCACGUUCAGUACCUGCAAGAAGAAGAGAACAUAACAGUAACAUCUCCAGCCUACCCAGAAAACUUUGAGGAUUCAUUGUUCUUCACAUACGUCCUUCAGACCAAUGCAUCUGGCUUCCGAAUUGUACUCCAGGACAUAUCUCUUGGGUAUGGAGACAUCCUUAGUUUUGGUCCUGGUGCUGAUCCAUUUUUCAACACACCACCAACGUUCAGCUUUGCUUACUAUAACUAUAGUGUUGAUGGGAGUUACGUCAUUGCAUCCUCAUCAAUGUGGAUAAGGCUGAUUUCUUCGUCAAGUGAUGCGGACCCCUAUGAUUACUAUGAUUACUUCACAGAAAGGGUGUUUGGUGUGCUCAUUCAGAGCAUUAAUACAUCUGACCUCUAUGUUUGUUCUGAUGGAAAGUUUUUCAAUUCUCCCGCUCGGUGUGAUGGUAUUGAUCAUUGUAGAGAUGGUGCUGAUGAAAAUGGAUGUGAAUACCUGAUCAGUGUUGGAGAAACCUUCUACUUGUCAUUCUAUUCAUACUAUGGAUACUAUACUAACAGGUUAUGGUUAUUCAAAAUUGAUUCUCCAAGCAAUGCACCCAGUCUCGCCUUCUUUGUGUACAUUCAUAAUAUUUAUAUACCAUAUGGUGGCAUACUUCGCAUUGGCUCUGGGCUUGUCCCCAGGAAUGACACAGAAAUCAACUUCUUUAGUGGUUAUCAUUAUGUUGGGUCAAGAAGGCUUAUCCAGUCAUCAGAGAUGCAUGUAGAGCUCAUGAGACCUUACUAUUACUAUUCUUAUUUCUACAUGGAGAUUACACCCCGUUCAACAGAAGGUCUCUUUGUAUGUAAUGACGAAUCCUAUGCUGUCAACAAAUCUUCUUUGUGUGAUGUCAGCGUAGACUGUCCAGAUUCCAGUGAUGAAAACAGCUGUGUUCAUGUGAUGAAUAGUGGCCAGCAUCUGGACGUUCUUUCACCAAAUUACCCACAUGAAUACUCAACCAACACUAUUAUCUUAUGGCGCUUUGAGGCAAAUUCAUCGAUAGAAGGCAACUAUACUUUUGUUGUGAGGAUCCAUGAGUUAUACCUUGACAGCUAUGAUACUUUGCGGAUAGGACUUGGUGCUGAUCCAAAUGGAACUGCUGUGGCUAAUUUCUCUGGCUAUGAACACCGCUAUGGUGAUAGCAUUACCAUUAAAGGAGACCAGCUCUUUAUUCAUUUUACAUCUGAUGACUACAAUGGCUAUUAUGUUUCAGGAUAUUUUAGAAUAGAAGUUGGACUCUAUGGAGAAGACAUCUUUAUUUGUGAUGAUGGUGAGAAGCUUUUGCAUCAAGGUGAUGUAUGUGACUUGAUUCCUAGUUGUGUAGAUGGAAGUGAUGAGUAUGAUUGUGAAUAUAUCUUGGAUGUGGAUUCGCAUGUUCAGCUUUCAACUUUCAACUAUCCGUAUGAGUACUAUCAACCAAAUUCCUACAUACUGUGGACUUUCAAAGCAGACGUAGACUCGGGUGAUAUUGCUUCUGAGUUAUCCUUCGGAACGGUCCACCUUCGUAAUUAUGGAGACACUUUGAAAAUUGGACGUGACUGGGACUCUACAAAUUCUUCAGGGCAUGUGAUUACCUCAUUUUAUGGUUAUUACUACAGUCGUCCAGAAAACCGCUACAUCACAGCUAAUAACUUCUUUGUUGAGUUCAAAUCAGACUCAUUCUACGGAGGAUUGGGAUUUCUUAUUAACAUCACAGUUUUCAAUGCAUCAGGACUAGCCUUCUGCGGCGAUGGUCAGGGGAUCAAAAGCAGCUCUCAAUGUGACUUGACACCAGACUGUGUUGAUGGUGGGGAUGAACAGGACUGUGUCUUUGAGUUGAGCCUUGGGACGAGCAUACAUCUUUCUUCUCAUAACUAUCCUGAUUACUAUCCUGACGAUGCCUAUGUAAUAUGGAGAUUCCAGUAUGAUCCACUAUUAGACAGAGAGAGUAUAAUCUACGUCAUACGGUUCCAGGAGAUCGUUCUCCAAGCCAACGAUUUCUUGAAGAUUGGAUACGGCUCUGAUCCAGGGAACUCGUCCAAUGUCGUACUCUAUGCUGAUGACAUUGGGGGAUCGAUGGGCGAUCUGACCAUGGAUGCAGGUGAUAUAUUCAUUGAGUUUGAUGCUGAUGGAUGGUUGGGAGCACCUGGUUUCUCCCUUGAACUCCGCAUAUGGAACAUUUCAGGGCGAUAUGAUUGCAGUUCUGGGAGUAGUGUGGAUAUCAUCAGCCCAGAGGAUGUAUGUAAUCACAAGGUUGACUGCAGAGACGGUUCUGAUGAAACGAACUGCUCUGUUACUGUGGCAACAGGGGAAAAGGUUGUCUUUGAGCCAUACAGUUAUCCUCCAUAUUACUAUGCUGGAUAUGAAUACACCCGUUCAAGCUGGCAUGUUUCAUCGCAAGAUGGUGCAGAUGCUCUCAUAGUCCUGAUCGAAUUCGUCCAAUUGAAAGGGGACUCACUCGUCAUACGGAACGUCAUUGAAACUUCAAGUGGACAAGAAGGGAUUGAAUGGAUGUUGCCAGAAUAUGAAGACCUCGCUUGGAGUGAAGUUGGAGACAAGGUCUUCCCAGAGGGAGAUCUAGUCAUAGAGUUCCAUGGCCAACAUGGAGGAUCGUUUGUUCUCGGAAUACUAGCACUCCCACUGGAAGAUAUCAGCUUAUGUGCAGCUGGUGAUAAGAUCCUGCUUCCUGAAAACAACUGUAAUGGGAUUGUGGACUGCCCUGACUUAAGUGAUGAACGAGAUGAUUGUGAACCCACUCGUGUCUUUGAUAUAAAUCUUGGUGGAAAUGCUACUAUCUAUUCGGACGAAUAUCCACCCUCCAUACCCCAAAACAGACCAGUGUUUAAGACGUGGUUGUUCAGAGCAGUCAACGAUGAGCGGCUGCAGCUGCAAAUCAUCCAUCUAGAGAUGUCGAGUUUUGAUAGAUUCACACUAGGAUCUGGCCAAGACAUACACUACGAGUUAACCUUCGAUGAAUUCCAGGAAAUCGACAUAAGCAGCCUGCCACCGAUCACGCCUCCAGGAUCUUCACUGUGGAUCACGUACGUCAGAAGUACAGGAAGACAUGAUCAGCCAUCUUCUUUUCUAUUCGCCGUGACGGCUGUUGAUGAAACAGAUUUGGAAUGUGGUGAUGAUGAAGUACAAUGUGGAGGCUUGUUCUUUGAAUGUAUUGACUCUGAUUACAUCUGUGAUGGAGUUGUUGACUGCUUGGAUGGGAUUGAUGAAGUCUGUGAAUGUCGUAACAAUUACGAAGUGCGACGUGAAAAUGGACAAUGUGUCAGUCGCUAUGACCUUUGCCAGUAUGAAACUUGCACAUUUGCCUGCAAAAAUGGGCGGUAUACUCACAUGAACCUUGUGUGUGAUGGAUUCAAUGACUGUGGUGAUCGGACAGAUGAACGCUACAACUGCAAUGGAUGUGCUUCCCAUGAAUUUGACUGUGGAGAGAAAUGCAUACCCCAAAACUAUGUCUGCGAUGAAGUAUAUGACUGUGCUGAUAAAAGAGAUGAAGCAAACUGCACAUGCCGUAGCAUUGAAUUCGAGUGUGGGAGUGGAGAAUGUGUAUAUUACUGGCAAUUAUCCGAUGGGAGAUCACAAUGUAAUGAUGGUUCUGAUGAGCUUGAAGAGAACAGUCGAUAUUGUGGCGGUAAUUACUUUCAGUGCAAAGACUUCACUGCAUGUCUCAGCCGUUAUGACUUGUGUGAUGGCUUCUUAGACUGCCGAGAUGGAAGUGAUGAACUAUUCUGCCCCGGGAUUCCAUCGGAUUCGGUAGUCCUCAACCCAGGAGAAUGCUUCAGUCUAUCAUCACCUUCUUAUCCUGGCUAUGACAACCUGUUAAACUAUAUCUGGACUGUAACAGCUGCAGAGGGUUACUCUGGUUUAAGCAUAAAAUUCAUUGCCUUCCGUUUAGAAUAUAGGUAUGAUUUCUUGUACAUCGGAUCGGGCAGUUACGAUGGAAUGUACGAGUAUCUACUCACAGGGACGGACGCUAUUCAUAACUUUGGCUUAGCUGUAUCUGAUGGGGGAUACACUGAAGCAUUUCGGAAUCCACAACCACAUGACACGGAUUCUGGUUUCUGCAGUAACUCCACAUUUUACUAUGAUGGAGAAAGGUUUCCUUAUGUAAUCCACUUCAAGAGUACAGAGAUCUGGCUACAAAUGAUGACAGACUACAGUUUAACCUAUGAUGGCUUUGUCUUGCAGCUUAUCUCUACAGACUUUGAAGGUGAAGUGUUCGAGUGUUCAGACACAAUGGUUAUUCCAGCAAAUAAGACUUGUGAUUUCAUUCGUGACUGCCCAAUAGAAAAUGAUGAAGCCGACUGUUAUAUUGAAUUUGAACUAUCGUCAGAAUCUGUGGACCAACUUGUGUGGGAGAAUAACCCCGAUAACAAGACAGUGACUGUCUGGCGCAUCACAAAUACAAUUGGUUACAAUGGCUUCAAGAUUAGUGGUAUAGAGUUUCUGUUGAGUGAGAAAAGCUCUUUAGUCAUAGGGCUCGGGUCAGAUGCUACCCAAGAUGCAACAAAGGCUGUGGUCUUAUCUCAAAACUCUCCCCAGGGGUUGGAUUUAGUCUUCGACUCAGAUGUUUUAUGGGUUCGCCUGCAAAUUAAUGCAUAUACUUAUGCUGGCUUCUCCUUUCAGGUUCAACCUUUCAAUGUAACAGAAGGCCCAUUGCUUUGCAGCCAAGGCCGUGUAAACAUCAGCAGCAAUGGUGUCUGUGAUGGACAAGUUCAGUGCAUCGAUCGCAAUGAUGAAAAGAAUUGCAACGAGCCUCUUCUUCCGGAUGAUUGUGGAUUGCGACCUGCUUUGGAUGUCCAUCGUGUCACUCAUGGUGCAGACGUCAGCAUCCUGGGGGAGUAUCCCUGGCACAUAGCAUUGUACAUCAGAAAUGGUUCAUUUGCAUGUGGUGGGAGUAUUAUUGCCAAGGACUGGAUCCUGACUGCAGCACACUGCUUGUAUGAACUUGAUCCUCCAUAUCAUAUCCAAGCUGGCACUCUCACCUACGGGUUUAACAUGGAUCCUAAUGGCCAAGUGCGUGAGGCAGCCCAGACGUACAUCCAUCCGUUGUAUUAUUCGACAGAGUUUGAUAACGAUAUUGCUCUCAUCAAGCUGUCUACUCCCCUCACUUUCACUGAUGCUGUGCAGCCAGUAUGUUUGCCUGCUGUAAGGGAUGAUCUUCCAGAAGUGGGUUCUUUCGUCACUUUCACAGGGUGGGGAAGCUUUACCACCUAUCAAGGUGCCAUUCCACAAAUCCUGCAGACUGCCAGAGCACCUGUGAUACCAACCUACAUAUGUCAAAGACAGGUCUUCUCCCCCAUUGCACAGCCAUCAACGUUCUGCACGAUGUACGACACUGGAUUUCAAGAUUCAUGUUCUGGUGAUAGUGGAGGUGGAUUAGUUCAAGAGAAGAAUGGUCAGUGGACAAUCUAUGGAAUAAACAGCUGGGGACUACGUAAUUGUGGCAGUGCAUAUGCACCAUCCGGGAAAACCAGAGUUUCGAGUUACAUUGAUUUCAUCUACAAAACAAUUCGAGAGAAUCGGUUUCCCGAUCCAUACUAGCCAUCCACCAGUCCAUCUCAACUACCAACCAAUCAUCUCAACCACUAACCAGUCCAUCUCAGCCACCAACCAAUCAUCUCAAUCACCUACCAGUCCAUCUCAACCACCAACCAAUCAUCUCAACCACCUACCUAUCCAACUGUGCCUCCACCUUUACCACCUACAAAUCCUACUGAGCCACCGGAGUGAUAAAGUAAUAUGAUUGUAGUAUUGAAAAAAAUCCCCUUUUCCCCAUUUAUAUGUGCAUUAAUCACUAAUUUGCAAUUUUGCUGCCAAGAAUUGUUAGCCAUUAUGUACUUCUUCCUCUACAAAUAAGGUAGAGUAUGUUUGUACGAAAUAAAACCAAAUGAUAGCAACAACCAAACUACUGUAAUGCACAUGUUAAGUUAGUUUAUCAGCAUUUUAAGUACAUAUAAAAAGAAGUCAGAAAAUGUCCAUUUUUACUUUAUGUAUGAAUCCUGCUUCUGUAGUAUUCUGAGUAAGUUCUCAUUCGUAAAAUAGUUGCAUUUGUUGUUCAUCAGUGCAGUUUGCAAUUGAAACUUGUAUUGCUUAUUUUCUAUGUACAGGUGUAUGCGUUAGUAAUGAUAGAAUAUCGUUUGUUGUUUUUUCUUCUACAUUAAUAAGUGAUACAAAACUUGUCUAAA